GACGCACACACAGGGAAGCACACACAGGGAAGCACACACAGGGAUUAAUAAAGGAGAACUUUGAAAAAAGCUCCGUCAUGGCGGUAUCCAGCUCCUCCCGGUCCUAUGAUGAUUACUCGAUCUACAGCAGCCUGAGUGACGACGAGCUGCUGCAGCUGGCCAUCGAGCGCAGUCUGACUGAAAACAACGACGCCGUGAACCCAGAUACCAACGCCUUCAACGAUGCCAUCUCCUCCCCCACCAUCACCAACGCAGCCAACACAACAACUGCAGCCGCCAGAGCCACCGCAGCCAACACAGCCAGGCCUUCUCACCCACCAGACGCUACAAACACAAACAGGCCCAGAACCAGCUCUCACAAUCCGCCUGAGACUCAAUGUGCAGCACACUACAGCUCUCCUAACCCCCCCAGUGAACAACCUCCUGAUAUGAAGACAUUUGACGGUUACGUCAGUCACUUUAGGACGGGAUCAGGGAAAAAGAUGGUGGCGUACCGCAAACCUGAUGGCACUCUGGUCCACUUAUGUCCAGAACCUGAGGAGGAGGAGGAGGAGCCUUUGUUUGAAGCGAUCAGUGAGGGCGAUGUUAACCGAGUGAGGGCGAUGGCAAUGCGUCCAGGAGCAAACCUGAUGCUUCCCAGUAAACCUGGCUGGCUCGCCAUUCACCAGGCGGCAUGGCACGGCCAGGCCCCCUGUCUGAAAGUGCUGUUGUCAGCUCAGCCUGGGAUGAUCAACAAGUGCACAGAUCGAGGGGAGACGGCGCUGCUGGUUGCUGUCGGCAAAGUUCAGCCGAGAUGCGUUCAGGUGCUGUUGGACAAUGGGGCAGACACUGACAUCGCAAACUAUGACCGAGAGACCCCCCUUUACAAAGCUUGUGAAAAGAACAACCCUGAGAUGGUUGCGGCGUUGUUGAACCACGGAGCCAAAGUGAACACUCAGUGUAUUCUGGGUUGGACCGCCCUGCAGGAGGCCGUGGUCAGGAACAACAUGGAGAUCUGUGAGAUGCUCAUGAAGGCCGGAGCCAAGCACAGCGUGAAAAACUCGUAUGGCAUCACACCGCUUUUCACUGCGGCUCAGAGCGGGCAACUCGCUUCGCUACGCUUCCUGCUGAAACACGGUGCAGACAUUAACAGUCAAGCUCCUGAUGGAGCCACCGCUCUGUACGAAGCUGCUAAAAAUGGACAUGAGGAAAUUGUGGAGUUUCUGAUCUCACAGAAAGCUGAUGCCAACAAAGCUGGAAAAGCCGGGUUAUUACCGAUCCACAUCGCGGCUCAGAGAGGCUACGAAACCAUCGUCUGCAUGUUGAUCAAAGCCACCAGCAAGGUCAGGGUCCGGCGGGUUGGCAUGAGCCCGCUUCACCUUGCUGCUGAGCGAAACCGUGACGAAGUCCUGGAGUCUCUGAUCGAGGCCGGUUAUGACGUCAACGCUCAGCUCUCUGAAGAGCAGAUGAGGCUGUAUGAAGACCGCCGCAGCACCGUGCUCUACUUCGCCGUCAUCAACAACAACAUCGACGCCACGCGCAUGCUGCUGAAGGCCGGCGCCAACCCCAACCUGGAUGUGUUCAGUCCCCUGAUGGUGGCGGCGAGGUUGGGCUGCACGGAAACCAUCACCAUGCUGGUGGAGCACGGCGCCGACAUCAACGCCUCGAUCCUCACACACCCCACCACCUUCCCCGCCGUCUUCAUGUUCUCCAUGAAGUACCUGCCCAUGUUCAAGUACCUGCUGGACCACGGAGGCCACGCCCUGCCCUGCUUCGACUGCUCCUAUGGUAACAAACCUCAUCCACCAAUCAAAACCACCCGAUCUCAGAGGGACGAGCUCAUCUACACGGAAAGAGGUCUGCCUGAGCCGCAGCACAGGAAGGGCGUUCAGUUCUGUGAGAUGAUCUCAGUCCCCAGUAUCUGUCGCUGGGCGGGGCCGAUCAUUGACGUCCUGCUAGACUACGUUGGUCAUGUGACUCUCUGCUCGAGAAUGAUGGAACACCUGGACAGUUACUCUGCCUGGAGUUCCAUCAAGGACAAAGCAGCUCCUCCGAGGCCGCUGCUGCAGCUUUGUCGGCUAAAGAUUCGGCAGCUGGUCGCCCAUCGUCGUCUGCCGAAGUUGCCUCUUCCUGGAGUUAUGAUUCGCUUCUUGGUGCAUAAGAAAGAAUCGAUGGAAGAAUCCUGAUUGACUUCUCUUUGGAGGUGUCGGGUUAACAGAGAGGUGUUUUCAGCUGGUUUGAUUUGGUUUAGCUGCUGAAGCUGCACAUGUUUUUAAAAACCUGAAUGUGAAUGUUUGACUGAAAUCUGGUUUGCACAAACUUUGAGGAUCGCUCAUGAAGAUUAGAUUAAAUGUCUGGCGAAGUAUUUACUUUAAAACAUUUAAACUUUAUAAGUAAGAUGUCUUAUCUGUGUAGUCAUUUUUACUCUUUUAUUUCUAACUUGAAUUGUGUUCAUGGAUGUAUGUUUAUAUGUUGUGAUAGACUCUUAGAGAAGAAGGAGGAAUAAGUCUUUAAUAUGAAAGGAAUUUCAUUUCAUUUUGUCCACACAUGAAGGACAGCAUGUUUUUGUACAUUGUAGUAAAGCUGCUAGAGCGUGUUGGAGAGAGGGAUAGAGGGAGAUGAAGAGAGAGAGAGAUGAUAGUGGGGAGACGGAUAGUAGUAGU